CGUUAGUCGACCUACGUAGCCCUAUUGCACACGUUUUCAACAUUUCUCGGCCAGUGUUUAUCAAUAGGACUGCAUCACCAACCAAUUGCAUUGGGUCAUAAAAAAAUUAUUAAACAUAACUAAAACUACACACAGUGGUUGGAAUUUCCGAUAAAUAACCAUGCCUGAGGAACAACAAACUACCGUAAAUGGUGAAGGUGCUGCUCCAGCCGCAGCUAACGGUGAGCCACCAAAGACAGCUAAGCAAUUGGAAAAGGAAGCUAAAAAGGCUGAAAAAUUGGCCAAACUUCAAGCUAAGCUGGAUAAGAAGGCAGCAGCUGCUCCAGCUGCCGCUGAGAAGAAAGAAAAACCAGAGAAAAAGGCAAAGGAAACAAAAGAGGCUGCCGUGUACAAAGCCAACACAGCCCCUGGAGAAAUGAAAGAUAUCAGUGGACCAUUGCCUGAUGCCUACAGUCCUGGCUAUGUGGAGGCCCAGUGGUAUAGCUGGUGGGAAAAACAAGGUUUCUUCACACCUGAAUAUGGGCGUUCUAGCAUUUCAGACAAGAAUCCCAAAGGCAACUUCGUCAUGGUAAUUCCCCCACCCAAUGUUACCGGUUCUCUUCAUUUGGGUCAUGCCCUUACAAACGCCAUUGAAGAUGCUAUAACACGCUACAAUCGUAUGAAGGGUAAAACCACCUUAUGGGUUCCCGGAUGUGAUCAUGCCGGCAUUGCCACUCAAGUUGUGGUGGAAAAACUCCUUUGGCGUGAACAAAAACUAACACGUCACGAUUUGGGUCGUGAAAAGUUCAUUGAGAAAAUUUGGGAGUGGAGACGUGAGAAGGGUGUUCGCAUUUAUGAUCAACUUAAAUGUUUGGGUUCAUCUUAUGAUUGGACUCGUGUUGCCUUUACCAUGGAUCCAAAAUUGUGCAAAGCAGUUACGGAAGCUUUUGUUCGUUUACACGAGGACGGCAGCAUUUAUCGUAGUUCACGCUUGGUCAAUUGGUCAUGCACUUUACGUUCAGCUAUUUCUGAUAUUGAAGUGGACAAAAUUGACAUUCCCGGUCGCACAUUCUUUUCCAUUCCUGGCUACGAUGAAAAGGUGGAAUUUGGUGUUUUAGUGAAAUUUGCCUACAAAGUUGAAGAUUCCGAUGAUGAGAUUAUUGUGGCCACAACUCGUAUUGAGACUAUGUUGGGUGAUACCGCUGUCGCUGUCCAUCCCAAUGAUGAACGUUACAAGCGUUUGCAUGGUAAAUUCGUUAAACAUCCAUUCUGCGCCCGUCGUCUACCCAUUGUAUGUGAUGAAUUUGUUGAUAUGAACUUUGGUACCGGUGCCGUCAAAAUAACCCCAGCCCAUGAUCCCAACGAUUAUGAAGUUGGAAAACGUUGCAAUUUGCCUUUCAUUACCAUCUUCAAUGAUGAUGGUUACAUUAUUGGUGAUUAUGGUGAAUUUACAGGCAUGAAACGGUUUGUGUGCCGUAAACAGAUUUUGGAAAAGCUCAAGGAAUUGGGUCUCUAUCGCGAAACUGUCAACAAUCCUAUGGUGGUACCAUUCUGCAGUCGUUCCAAGGAUGUCGUUGAGCCAAUGAUCAAACCCCAGUGGUAUGUUAAAUGUUCGGAAAUGGCUGAAAAGGCAACAGAAGCUGUACGCUCUGGUGAGCUUAAGAUUAUUCCUGAACACCAUACCAAGACUUGGUAUCACUGGAUGGAUGGCAUUCGUGAUUGGUGUGUGUCCCGUCAAUUGUGGUGGGGUCACCGUAUCCCAGCAUAUUAUGUUACAUUUAAUGAUCCUUCAAUUACAGCUGGUUCGUCUGAUGAUGAAGCCUAUUGGAUUGUGGCCCGCUCACAAGAAGAGGCAUUGGCCAAGGCCGCUGAACGUUUCAAGGUAGAUGCUAGCAAAAUUGUCCUCAAUCAAGACGAAGAUGUUUUGGACACCUGGUUCAGUUCUGGUCUGUUCCCAUUCUCUGUAUUUGGCUGGCCUGAUAAUACAGCAGAUUUGGAAGCAUUCUAUCCUACUUCUUUGCUGGAAACCGGUCAUGAUAUUCUCUUCUUCUGGGUGGCUCGUAUGGUCUUCUUUGGCCAGAAGUUGUUGGGUAAACUUCCCUUCAAGGAGGUGUACUUGCAUCCUAUGGUUCGUGAUGCCCAUGGCCGUAAGAUGUCUAAGUCUUUGGGUAAUGUUAUUGAUCCCAUGGAUGUCAUCAAAGGCAUUAGUCUGGAGGGAUUGCAUGCUCAAUUGGUUAAUUCGAAUUUGGAUCCUCGUGAAAUUGACAAAGCCAAGGCUGGCCAGAAACAAGAUUUCCCCAAUGGUAUUCCCGAGUGUGGUUCGGAUGCUUUACGUUUCGCCUUGUGCGCCUACAUUACACAGGCACGUGAUAUUAAUUUGGACAUUAAUCGUGUCCAGGGUUAUCGUUUCUUCUGCAACAAACUGUGGAAUGCCACCAAAUUUGCCCUUAUGUACUUCACUGGAGAUGAAAAAUUCACCUCCAACUUCCAACUGAAUGGCAGUGAAAAUAAUAUGGAUGUUUGGAUUUUGUCCAGACUCUCUGCGGCCGUUGAAGCUUGCAAUAAUGGUUUUGAACAAUACGACUUUGCUGCCGCUACAACAGCUUGUUAUAGCUUUUGGUUAUACGAUUUGUGUGAUGUUUAUUUGGAAUGUUUGAAACCCAUAUUCCAAAGUGGUACCGAUGACCAGAAGGUUGCUGCCCGCAAGACAUUGUUUGCUUGUUUGGAUUUGGGACUUAAGUUGCUGUCGCCAUUUAUGCCUUUCAUUACCGAAGAAUUGUAUCAACGAUUGCCACGUGCUGAUAGUACACCAAGUAUAUGUGUGACAUCAUAUCCUGACAACACCUAUUGGCGCAAUGAACAAGUCGAAAAGGAUGUGGAGUUCAUGCAAAAAGCUGCCCGUAUCAUACGUUCCGCACGCUCGGACUACAAUUUGCCCAAUAAAACCAAGACCGAAGCCUACAUUGUUUGUACCGACUCUCAACCCAAUGAUAUACUCAAGAAAUAUGCCAGUGACUUGGCCACUGUAUCAUAUUGUUCCAAGAUUGAAUUUGAUCAAACACCACCAGCCGGUUGCGCUAUUCUUACCGUUUCCGGUCAAUGUGAGGUUCAUCUUCUGCUAAAGGGUCUCAUUGAAGCCGACAAAGAAAUCGCCAAACUACAAAAGAAACAAGCCCAAUUGGAACAAGCUGUGACAAAACUCAAACAAGCCAUGUCGGCCAGUGAUUAUACCACAAAGGUACCUGCUGAAGUCCAAACAGCAAAUACUGAGAAAUUGGCCCAAUCUGAAAGUGAAAUUCAACGCAUUGCCCAAGCUAUGGAAACCCUGAAAUUGAUGUAAAGUGCAGUGGUCAUGAGAGAGUGGGGAUGGGAGGGAUCUAUAGAUUCAUUUGCAUUUUAAUCCCCAUACUUUGAUUUAAUUUAUAUUUUGACGACAAGGAAUUUAAUUUAUUUUACACAUAUUCUACAAGGUAUACAGAUAUGCCUUGCUUUUGUAUUUAAUAGAAAGCUGUGCUUACAAAGUUUAA